AUGGCUGAAUUCACCUCAGUAUCGUUGUCGUCGGCCCAUCUGGUCGGCACCGUCGCCAACUCACCCAAACUAGACGAGUCCGAGUACCUCCGUGAGGUUUUCGGGAUAACGACUGAAGAUGCCACCGCCACUGAGGCCGAGAUCGAGGAGAGCUUGACGGCAAAGGCUUCGAGUCUGGGAAUCGAUGUCUCGAACCUCACUGACAGCCUGGGAAAUCCCACUGCCUUGAACGCCACAUCAGCGAGAAGCAGCACUCUCGUUGCCCACCAGCGCUCCAACACAAUAUGCUCGAACGACAGUACCACCGGCACCGAAACGGCCACAGGCACCGAUAAUGAUAUGGCUUCGAACUCGUCGGCAGCAAUGCCGGCAACUCUCACACAAUCCACGACCAGGAAGAGGUCCAACACCGUCAACUUUUCCCAGUAUGAGAAGUAUUUGACGCAGCUGAAACCCGCGCUUCACCAACCAAAGUUUUCCAACCCAGCAGCGCCCACAAGGCGGCCGUCGCACAACAUCUUUGGCUUUGGGCACUUCAAGGGCGUCAGGGAGCUCCGGCGCGGCCUCACAGGCAGGUUGAAGAGGAGGAAAACGUAUCCGGCGUUAUCAAUCGUGAUCUGCAUAUGCUGCCGCGAGGAAUUUGCCCAAGAGAACCACCUCCUCCAGACGCUACCAUGCGGCCACACCUACUGCCAGAACUGUCUGGCCGUCAUGAUCAACCAAUCCACCACCGACGAGUCCAAGAUGCCUCCCCGCUGCUGCACCCAGCCCAUUCCCAGCUCCAUCAUCAAGACGAUCCUCACCCGCGAGGAGCAGCAGGCCUUCCUCAAGGCCGUCCUCCAAUACAGCACGCCCUGGGAAUCCCGCAUCUUCUGCCCAAACCCGGCCUGCGGCGAGUUUAUCCCGCCUAGAGCCAAGCUCGACCCCAAGCACCCCUUCGAGACCAUGUGCAAGACGUGCAAGAUGCGCGUCUGUCUAAUUUGCAAGCGCAGCGCCCAUCGGCUCGGGCAGGAUUGUCCCGAGGACAUUGAGCUGGAGACAGUGCUAAAGAUGGGCGAGAAAUCCGGGUGGCGUAGAUGCUACAAGUGCCGCAACCUGGUUGAGCUCACGCAGGGGUGCACGCACAUGACGUGCCGGUGCAAGGCUCAGUUCUGCUACAUUUGCGGUGCCGUAUGGGAUCCUGUUGUCGGGUGUCCCAACUUUUGCAACGGCGAGGAGGAGCUCGAGCGGCGCAGGAGGGAGGAAGAGAUGCGCCUCGCGGAGCUGGAACUGAAGAAGCGGGAGCAAGAAGAGGCGGCUGCGGCGGAGGGACGGGCGCAACAAGCAGCGGAACGGAGGACGCGAGAAAGUGCGGAGUUUCAGGCGCUAAGAGAACAACAAAACCAUGAAAUGUCCAGGGUUUUGGCGUACGAGGCUAGGAUGCGGAAAGACAUGCGGACAAGGCAGUCGGAGAAGAAGAAGGCGCUACUGGAGAAGUACGCGGAGCUCACAGAGAAAAUGAAGGAGCGCCAUGCGAAAACAGAGCAGCACCUCGAGGACCGGCAGAUCGAGGCCGAGAUGGAACUCCGCUCGUCGCUGGACGCUUCGGAACGGAGCAUCAAGAUACAGCUCAAGCACAUGGAAGCCUACUGCAAGACGCUUUCGCAAGUUGAGGAAGUAAGCGAGAAGGACCAAGCCCUACAGGACUCGAAGAUGCCUUCCAGGGAGGUCACCCAAAAACACCUCGACCAGCUCAGCGAGCAAUACCGCAUCCGCGACGGCAUGGAGAGACGGCACCAAGCCCAGAUCAACGUGCUUCGCGAGAAGCAAGGCAAAAAGAUGGAGCAGUUACUCGAUCGCCACGAAGACGAGAUGGAAGCCCUUCUCCACAAGAAAUCCGAAGAACUCGAGGACCUCGCCGUCGAGUUCGCCAAUGAGGCAGACGCCGUCUCCCGCACAUUUGCCCAGAGGAAGGUCAAGCUGCAGAAGAGAUGGCUGCUUAGCGUGGAGAUUUUGAGGAUAGAGCAGGAGAAGAAGACUGGGAUGCGGUACGCUUCCAUGGCUGUGCCGCAGUGGCCUGCUGCGACUGCGAGUGAGAGCGACACGGAAACUGAAAGCGAAGAAGAGGAGACGACAGCUGCCGCUCAUCUGCAAGAGCAAGAAGUCAUUGAGCUCGCACGACCCAAGGCUGAAGCUGAAAUGAAGGAGGAUGGGUGGCCUCUCAGCAACAACAACGACAACAUCAAGACCACCGAGAUCGAAUUACCCUCAACACCCAAGACGGUGACGCCGGUGGUGACCCCGACACAAGCUCGGUUCGAAGCUGAGCUUCGCAGGUACAGGUCGCGGACCCGGCUGGCGGCUCCGGGGGAAGAAUCACCGCCGGUAUCACCACGUACUACGCGCUGA